AUGUCCGACGCAGACUACGCCGCCUUCCUGGACAAGGCGAACCAGGACCCCAACGAGGGCUACGCCAAGCCGGCGAGCAAGGGCAACGAGUUCAAGGCGCAGGACGAGGGCGCAGAGCUGCCCAAGGCGAUCCAGGAUGUGUUGAAGCAGGACAAGGUCUACAUCUCGGACGCCGACGAGCCGUUUGUCGGCGUAGCACUGAACUGGAAUGAGGGCGGCAACGGUUUGCCCGACGAAGUCGAGUUCGCGCAGUUGAUCGAGCACCCCAACCCCGAGAACGCCGACGUCGAGCUCCAGGACCCCGUCGACUGGGACUCGAACGGCGACUACAAGGACAUCAUCGAGGCGGUGCGCAAGGCCGGCAAGGGCAACGACGUGAGGGUCUACAGCGUGCCCAAGGGCGGCGUCAGGACGGAGUGCUGGGUUGUCACGACCGAGGGCAAGGGCAAGGGCGCAAGACUUGUUGGUGUCAAGGCCUUGGCUGUCGAGAGCUAA